AUGUCGUCAUCUGGAUCCCUUCGCUCUCGAACGGCUCGCCAAAAUCAGAAAGACAAACGCCUUGCUGCUCUCGUCGCUAAGCAGAUAAUGAAAGUUAUUCCUCAGAUCGUUAGCGACCUGCACGAGAAUACCAGCAAGUCUUCUGAAGAGUCCAGGACUGAUUCGCCAAAGUACUUAAAGAUGGGUGAUGAUUUUCUGAAUCCGUUUAGUGAUGUUUUUACUUACACGAGCGGUACAGGAGAGAACACUACAUCAGACAACACGAACACUUCAGCACCAAACCCAAACCAUAGGAAAACCAUUGCUGAUUCCUUAAGUGUUGAUAAUGCCUAUGGAACCUACAACAAAUCGCCCAAGUUUAUGGCUAUCGAGGAGUAUAAUAGAUGGGCACCUAGGUUUGAAGAUUGGCUAAAAGCGUUCGCCUACCCGAGUUGGAAAUGCUUAAAGAGCGGGUUUAACCUUGGAAGAAGUGACUGUGAGAACUUAGUCAAAAAUGACCAAGAAAGUUUCAUCGCUGAGCAAAAAUGUAUCGCAUUACUUCACCAAUCAGUAAGGGAUGAUAUCAUAUCUCUAAUCGAUUAUAAAGAUGCUAGAGAUUUAUGGGCAAAAUUAGAGAAAAAGUGCGUGGGUGGAGCUGAAAUUGAAGAGUUGGUUGAUAAGUUGUUUGACUCACUGCCUGAUGAAAAAGAUUGCCAGUAUUUUGCUUUAAUGUUGAAGAACACAGUGGAGUCGACUGAUUUGACAGUUGAUUUGCUAAUUGAAAGAUUGGAGAGUCAUGAAUUGGAGAUCAGGAAAACGAACAAAGUGAACAAUUCCUCGUAUCAACAAAAUGUUGACUUAUAUUAUCGAGGAAGUAUGAUUCCAAAAACUGUGUCACCAAAGACUGCAUUUUCAGCAGAAAACUCAAACAUGCCAAAUCAAGAAAGUCCAAGUAGUGGUUAUUAUGGAGGAUCAUCUUCAACCUCUUCAAGUCAACAACAAAAAUCAGUUCCGAAAAACAUGAUCCAGUGCAACAUUACUAUAGACCUCAACAACGCACAAAACUUCAGUGAAGAAGCAGCCAAGCAGCAAAUGGUGUUUUUAGCAUCCGUCUUGGAAUCAUAUGAGAGUCUUGUUGCUGGAAAGAUCAGAAACACUAACCUCAGCAAGGAAGACUAUGAUCAGAUUGACCCAGAAGAGAUGGAGUUAAUUGAUAUUAGAUGGUGCAUGGCUAGUGCGGUCAGAAGGGCUCAAAGAUUCAUGGAGAUAACAGGCAGACAUUCCAUUGGUGGACCUUCAACAAAGCUUGGUUUUGAUAAAUCGAAGGUUACCUGUUUCAAGUGCAAGAAAAAAGGGCACUUUAAACGAGAAUGUCGAAAUGCAGCUGCUGAUGAGACGACCAAUACAUUCCAUGAGGACUAUUACAAAAGGGCCAUCUAUCAUCAAAACAAAGCAAAAUCUCCCAGAAUGAAGCAAUUAGAAAAUGCUCCCAAAGAAAAGUCGAGAGCAUUAGCUGUUAUCCAUCAUGAUGAGGGAUUUGAUUGGAGCGAUCUGUUACCGGAAGAAGAUGCAGUGGGUUAUGCCUUCAUGGCAAAAAUUGUUCCUUUCAAAGAUACACGAACAGAAGAAGAAAAAUAUUCCUACAGGAAGAUGAUAGCCCAAAACAUGAAAGAUAAAAUCUAUCGAACAUGGAAAGAGGCAAAGAGCGCAAAAAGAUGGGAUGCUGAACGGGAAUGUUAUUUGGAUCCUAAAGGAAACAUCGUUGUUGAAACUCUCAUUGAGCAAUUAGCAGAAGAGGAAGAAGAAAGACAUAGAAUGUGGUGGGGAAAAGAAGCCGAAGAAAAAGAAAAUGAGAAGGAGAUACAGUUGAAAAAGGUCAAUGAUGGGAUAAUCGACACGACGAAAGAAUUCACAGCAGAAAGAUUAAAGAAAAUGGCUGAUAAAGUUCUUGCAGCGAAGGAGUUAGAGGUAGACUCUAAGACCAGUUCUAAGUCAAAGAGCAAGGUCAGUUCAAAUGAUUCAAUAAAUGGAUCAGAAACAAUUGGCGUCACAUUCACUUCAUCAUCCGAUGAAGACAGUGUUCAGUCUGAAGUUGUUAAAAAUGUUGUUGAAAAAGUUUUGAAAUUUGGCAGUGACUCAACUGAGGAUGGAGAAUGUUUUUUAGAUAAAUACAUUCCGAAAUCAACAUCCAAAAAAAACUUAAGUGAAGAACCUACUCUUGUGAUGUAUAAGAUGUCGAGAUCGGAUAAGUUGUAUUCGGAUUUUGAAUUUCCUUUGGAAAAUGUGAAUGUUGACAAAUUGGAGCUUCCGAGAUCCAUCUCGCGUGGGAUAAUGGAUAGUGGAGCUUCUCGGCACAUGACGGGGAAGAAAACCCUACUGUAUGAUGUUCGAGGGUUUAAUGGAGGAUAUGUGGGAUUUGCAGGCAAUCAAGGUGGUCGUAUAGUUGGUGAGGGAACUCUAUCUAAUGGUAUUGUCAUGUUUGAAAGAGUGAACUACAUCGCCGAGCUGGAAAACAAUCUUCUAAGUAUUUCUCAGAUCUGCGAUCGCAUUUGUGUCAAAGGUAAACAGCAAAAGAAAUCUCACCCUGGGAAGAAGGAAAAUUCAAUCUCAAGACCGUUAGAGAGACUUCACAUGGAUCUUUUUGGUCUGGUGAACGUCAAAAGCAUAACUGGUGAUCUUUACUGUCUAGUAGUAACAGACGACUACUCGAGGUUUCCGUGGGUAACAUUUUUGCAGUCAAAAGAUCAAACAUUUGGGAGUUUAAUAACGCUAUUCAGAAAGAUUGAAAACUUGUACCAAGCUCGUAUUCAAAGAAUAAGAAGUGAUAACGGUACAGAGUUUAAGAGCCGCAAAAUGGAAUUUUAUUGUGAUAAAAGAGGUAUACUGCAUGAAUUUAGCGCGCCUUACACUCCACAGCAAAAUGGAGUAGCAGAAAGUUAUACUAUGCCACCUCAGAAUCCCGGCGAUUCAUGGCGUUUCAAUUAUGACACUUUGUGGGAUUCGUUUGACAUGGAGGAAGAACUAGAGUUCUUUGACGAGUUGGAUAUUCAAAGAGAAUGUGAAUCAUCACAAGAAAGGUUCCCAGCUGAGUCUUCUAGACGUCAAUAUCGAACUACCAAUGACGAUGAAGCAGAACGUGAACAUGCUCCUGACAAUCAGACAACGGUCAACGAUAAUCUAGAGCCUGAUGAUAGACCAAUAUUCGAUCGUGGUGAUUCAGAUUCUGAGGGGGAGCAAGUCCAGAUUUCAAAUCAAACAAAUCCAGUCAGUGAACAAGAUGCAAAUCAGAAUGUCACAAAUUUGGAAGGCGAGGUAGAUGUUCUAGGCGAGGGGAGUUUGAAGAUUAUCAAAGUCAAGAUUCAAGUUCUAGAUGCUGAUGCUGUUAAACUUAAGGAAUCAAGAGAUUUGAUGGAGAAAAAGAAAAUUGAGGAUGCUUUCAGUGUCAAAUACUUUGGAAAGAGUGAGAAGGCAGAUCAAGACUGA